CGCGGUGGCCGACGGGAGCAGACGUGUCGCGUGUAGUGUGUGAUUAGUGUUUCCUGCGCCGCGAGAAACAUAAUACCGAUGCAUCAGCCGUCGAGAUGAGCGGUGUUGUCGCGCCGCCGGCCCGCGCCUGUCUGUCUCGCGCGCGCCCCCUCUCUCGCACCUGACCCCCCACUAUCCCCCGGCACCUUCACCCCCACCCCCACCCCCCCUCUGCCCCCUGGGACACCAUGCCGCGCGCUGAUUGGCUCGCGCGCUGUCUACGCACCGCCCCGCUGCGCAAGCGCACCUCCUCCUCGCUCGUAUACUUCGCAUUUAUCAUAGCCUUCCCCUUGACCGGCAGCACCGAGUGGAGCAGCUCUGAGAGGUCGCCCGCCCCCGCGCCCCCCGCGCCCCCCGCGCCCCCCGCGCCCCCCGCGCGACUCGUGGACGCGGCGGAGCUGGUGCGAGAUGCCCCCCUCUACCCACCCUUGCAAGACACCGAUGUACCUGACCUACUUGAAUCGAUCGAAACUGAACCUUCCUUCAACGACCUAGAGACUAGUAUCGAGGAGAACCACAUCCUCGUGACACCACAAGACCUCAGUAGUGCUAACACAAUACAGACUGAUGAUGUAACGAAGGUACAAAGCAAAGUAGACACGCCGAGUAGUGAUAGUGAGGAGCGGAUGAAGAGGAGCAGCGGACAAGAAUGGGAUAAGACAAAUAAGGCAGCGGACCGGCGCGUGAAGACCGGUGAUACGAUAUUGAACAUCCGCGGCGCGGUGAGGGACGCGAUAGGGGACGCGGGCGCCGCGCCCGGCCCGCGCGCCUCCUCGCGCCUCGACACCUUCGUCAUACGACCCGCGCACGCGCGCCGUCCGCACCUGCAGGACCAGCCGGCGCCUGCCAACAAUGCUCAGGCACCGCGAAGUGACAGGGAACUGCUGGUUGAGCCACACUCAAAGGCUCGCAUCCUCUGCGAUCUGGUGAACGUCACGAACCUGCGCUGGUACAAGGAUAACGAGCUCAUGUCCCUGUCGUCGUCCCCUUCUUCCGCGGAGGGAGUGUGGCGGGAAGGCGGAGAGGCGGUGGUGGGGCGAGCCACCCGCGCGGACGGCGGCGCGUGGCGCUGCGCCGGCGUCGACAGGGCUGGCAAGACUGUGUCGGGGAAGCCUACGCAGCUGCUCAUAUACGAGCCCGUUCGAUCGGUGUACCUAGCGGUGGACGGACGAAGACUAGAUGCCGGCAACACCUGGGUGCCGGUGAGGGACAAGACCGUCCUUGAGGUGCGAUGUGUAGCCGAAGGUGGAGUGCCUCAACCGGAGUUAUCGUGGCGGUUGCUGGCGUUAGAGCCAUCGCUAGACCAUCGGCCUUACCUCCGGAUACAUAGCACCAAUUAUUCCAUAGAGGGCGUGUCCCUCUCGCACGCGGUGGUGACGGCGGCGCGGGAGUUACACAACGCCACGCUGCAGUGCCACGCGCGACAGCGGACCCCCGCCGCGCCCCCGCCCGGCCCCGCGCCCGCCGCCGCUACUGCCGCGUCGCCCGCUGACACUCACACCGCGAAGCUGGAGAUACACGUCACUUACCCGCCAUCGUUCGUGAUAUCGCGCUGGCCCGGGUUCGGCGUGUCGCUGUCGGCGGGCGGCGCGGCCGCGCUGCGCUGCGACGUGGACGCCAACCCACCCGCGCGCGCCUGGUGGCUGCGGGACGACACCGACCCCACUAGCUCCCCUCCGCCAGUAGAAGCAGGAGACGAGUCCACACGAGGUUCCGCCACUCUCCGCUGGGCGACUCUACGAGCCUCACACGCCGGCUGGUAUCGCUGCCGAGCUACGUGGUUAGAUGCGGAGUAUUCUUCUAUAGGAUAUUACCUCAACGUUAUUGCUCCGGAAGAUAACGCGGAACCGGUGACGGAGUCUCAGGAUGAAGAAGAGGAGGCUGACCAUCAGAAGGUGGAGGUUCCUGUCGGAGGGAAUGUGCAGCUACACUGCCCCAAGGGCAGCGUGGGUUGCUGGUGGCGCCGAGUGGUCGGCAACUCCAGCGAGUCGUGGGCGCCGGCGGGCUCACACCAUGCACAUGGUGUAUUGGGUAUAAAGGAUGCUUUGUAUCAAGAAGGGGGGGAAUACCGGUGUGUCGGUGCUCGGGCGCCCGACUUGAAACGACUGAGGGAACUCAAAAGAGUCACGCUUAAAGUCACUGGGGGCGCGACAGCGACAGCUUUGAGCGCCGUCCCAGCCGCCGGCGGCUGGCGGCUGGAAUGCGGCGCGUGCGGCAGAAACGUCAGAGUACUGUGGGUCCGUUCCGGAGUUACGGCUCGAGCUACUCGGGCCACUUUAAAUCCGGAUUUAGCUCAACAUUGCUGGAGAGCGGUACUUCAUGUCGUAGAACCAGAUGAAGUCUGGUGUGUCGCUGCAACUCCUGGAGGAGGAGCCGUCGCUGUAUUCCCGAGACGUGCUUCUUUAGCGAACCCUAACGACCCUUCCCCUGAACCAGCUAGGAGAGCCUUACAUGCCGCGUCUUCUUCCCUAUCAUCCUCUUUUUUCCUUUCUCUGCUACCUUUACCAGCUCUCUUCUGCCGAUGAGACUUUUGCAAGUAACGAACGCGUGUUCUCAUGCGCGUAGUUCUCUGAGUUCGUUCGGGAGUCAUAGCUCGAGCUACUCGGGCUACUUUAAAUUCAGACUUAGCCCAACAUUGCUGGCGAGAAGUUUGGUGCGUUUUUGCAACUUCAGGAAAAAGAAGCUGUCGCUGUAUUCCCGAGACGGGCUCCUUUAACUAUCCCAAAUGACCCCUGAACCAGCUAGAAGAGCUUUACGCCCCUUACUUCUUUCGCUUCAUCUUCAUUUCUCCUAUUUCUGCUACCUUUACCAGCUCUCUUCUGCCGAUGAGGCUUUUGGAAGUAAAAUGUGUUCCCAUGAGCGUAGUUAGGUAAAAGAACCGUCUAUGUAAUAGAUGAUUUAUGUGUGAACGAUGGUAAUGGCAAUAAUGGCGUCGUAAUAAGGGCCAGAUUUAAGGAAAAGGCGGCGAAACUGUGGCCCAGGGGUUUCCACAAUAAAGAUAAAAAUAACUAAAUAUCGAUAAGUCACCAACCAAGAGGAGUAGAUCGCGUAGUCGGGGUUGUCAGAUUAUAAAAUUGGAGCCCCCACGCCUUCUUUACCCCAGGGCCAACACAUCUCUUAAUCUGGCUCUGGUUCAAAUAAACAUUUAACUGAUUGUAUAGUAUGCAAAGUUUAAGAGAUAUUUUUAGACGACAUUAUAGCACUGUGUUUUAGUAAAAGAAAUACGAAACGGAAAUGCACAGUUUGAAAUUUAAAUCACGCUGACUCUAAAAAAAGUCACGUUUAAUAUAAUUAUACUGUUAAUGUCAAAGAUGUUGAUGUCUAUUUAAACAAACAGCGGCAUUUUUGGUCCUGUAAUGAUUGAUGUAAGAAUAUCGUACUCGGUUAUAAAGUUAGCCGAGUCGGAACUCUCAAAUUGCUUCUAAUUUAGAAUUUGAAAGGCGCCAUGGGAAUUGUGAAUAAAAGAAACUUUUAACGGUCAAAGCCGGUCGUCAAUUUGAAGCUAACAAGGUAGCAAUUGUAAGCGAAAACUUGAACAAUUUAUGAGGAGGCACAAUGUUAACGCUCUUGUGAACAUGACUUUUCAACACCGCGCUGCGAGGGACCGUUCCAAAAUAGUUUUAAAUGAAUGUUUUUAUAUGAAUAUAACCAAGUAGUUGGUCCCUUGUAGCGCUGUGGUGAAACUAAAGUUGAGGAAUACUCUCCCCCGUCCUAUUUAUAAACGGGUUAUUGCGAAUGUAAGCUCGUUACCCCUAUUCUAGUCUUCGUAGUGUACUAUAAUCAUAAUUGGUCUUUAGUGUACCUAUCUAUCCUUAGAACCAGUCCCCUGCGGAAAACCAAAUGCUAGUGUUUAAGAUUUUACAUUUAUACAUUGAUAUAACUUCGUUGUUUUGUUAUCUUGAAUAUUGAUUUUUCAUUAAGUUUUUUUGAACGUCUUUGAAAAAUUUCCUUAUGCAUAAUACCGCAAAUAAUAACUCAAAAAAGUUAAUAAAUAUUAUUCAAAUCAACAUUACGGAGUAAAAGUAAAGGUAUACGGAAUGUGAUUUCUCAUACAUAAUAAUUCCAAACAGUUAAAAUCUGUAGGAGAAUAUUUUAAAAAAUCAAAUUAAAGCAACCAAACAACGAAGUUUAUCGCUAAUAUAAUAAGUAUCUCAUUCUUGUAUAAUAAUUUUACUUCAUAUAACUGUUACGUACUCGUAUAAUCUUGAACCGGUAUUUCGUUACAUUAGGGCGGGCGGGUACUCCCGUCGUCCCGCCCGGAUAACGCAGUAUUGUGUUUGAUUAAGUGUUUGUUAUACAACAAUACCCCACAUUAGACCUUAUUUCUGUCGCAUCCUUUGCUUCGUGUCCCCAAUUUCCUAUUGUUAACUUAUUUUGUAGCGUAUUCAUGAAACAGGAAGCUGAUGUGCCAAAUUGUUGAUAUUGAAAAAUAAAGUAUUACAAAAUUUUAAUGUUAUGUUCUAUAGUGUCUUCUGAAAGUGAAAAUUUUGUGUAAUGUGAACACCAAUUGAAUUUAGUCUUAUUUAUAUUGAAAUAGUCAAGAUAGACUAUUUCGUUGCCUAUGUCAAUGAAACUUAUUCUGUAUGUUUGAAUUAAAUCGGUUCAAGCAUAAAGAAUAGAGUUUAAUCGGCCGUAGGUGUAUAUUUUAUAUAUAGAUGUCAAGGUCUUAAAUAAAAUAUUAAUACUUUAUGUAUCAUAGCUUAAAAUAAAUCAUGUAAAUUUCGAUGUCAAUUUUAGACGUUCGCUUAGUGCGGACCAGGUUUUGUAUGAACGGGUAAUUUGCUACCACAAUUUUUGCAACAACUCUGUAGUAGUGUAAAUGUAAAUUUUUAUCAAACGUUUGAUGUUAUAAUGUUAUCGAUGGUUAGUUGUAUCUUGUGUUUAGUCUAUAUUUCUUUGUACUUUUCCCUUCUCUUUAGUAUUUUUCGAUGAUUCUCUUUGAAGUGACAAAAAUAUUGAAAUAAAAGCUCAGUCAAUAUUUUAUGCCAGCUUGAUUGACAAAUUGACAUGUUACACUGAGGUGAGAUUAUUCACAUCACCCUUAAAAAUGAACUCGACGAACGUGUUUAAGUAAAGUUGUAUUUAAUUUCACGCAGUUCAAAAUUUACAUCAAAUGUUAAAAAGCAGUAAGAGAUAAAUUAUGAUCGUAGUUCUAGCCAGUCCACUUUUGUAGCCUCAUUUGUACUAUAUUUCGAACAUAUGAAACUGAUAGCCAUUGUGCCAUAUUGACAUGUUCCAAUCCUUACAUCGAUCGUGAUCAUCGAAACUCAUUUAUUAAAAGAAACUAAAUGAUUCACAAACCUUUAUUUUUGUUGUGGUGUCACCUCUCAAUUUUGUAGUUGAUUAUUAUCUCUUAUAGCAGAUUAUUAUGAGUCGUUAUUGUUGUUAAGAAUUGUGAUAUCAUCGGAGGUGCGGGAGUGUCGCGGAAAAUAUAAUAAUAUUAAUAUUGAAAGAAAAUCUAUAAACGGUGUCACUAAGGAGAAUUUAAAAACAGUAAAUAUUAGUUUAGUUAGGACAUAGUGAGAUAUGUGUAUUUUUGUAUUUAAAACGAAAGGUCAAUUGCGAGAUGAUUUUUGACAAAAGAGUAUAAUAAUUCAGUUAUGUAUUUGAGAAGUGUAACAUGUAAACAUCCGUCCAUUGCGGAAUUCGUAGAUAGUUAAGGAUCUAAGUAGCUCCCUUAUCUUCUAGACCUAUCCUCGACCUAACUGAUGUUAAUUAGCAGUUUUACUAGACGAUUAUAUCUCUUGUUGUACUAUUGGAUUUGUAUUUUUUGUGUUUUCUUCUCUUUCACUCCAACACACUUCGGCGUUAGUGCUGUUCUUAUAUUACUACUGUCGCAUAUUAGAGCCACUCCGCGGCCCCCGCUCCUCCUGUGUGUUUACUUGGAUGAUGUAUUAAUAUUAUUGUAAAUAUCGUACAGUCAAUAGCAUAAGCACCAGUAAUGUCGAUUGUGGAAUUUGAGACAGCAUGAGAUUUUAGAUUAUUAACGAUAUCAACAGAUUAUUUUUCAAGAUGUUGACUGUGCGAUAAAAAAAAAUCCACUGUAUCAAAAAUGAUUUGUAAGUUUUCGUAUUUAGCGUCCAUUUUGAUACGAUCGAGUAUCGCGUCUCGGUGCCAAUAAAUAAUUUAAUAGGUCAUAAUAAUAAUAUAUAUUUACAUUAUUAAUAUACAUUUUAUUGUUUACUUUGAUAUUGAAUGUACAGAAUCCAUAAUAUUCAUCGCCAUGUGUUUAUGGAAACUCGUAUACUGGAUAAAUAAACUAUAAAAACACAUU